UUACCUGUUUUUGAUGAUGAUAUUGAUUGGCUUCCUCCCGAGGAUCCCUCCUCUGAUGAUGAUCUGUCUCCCACUACCUCUCCAUCCAGCGCACACACCAACAGCCCAGUUCAUUCUUCUCCUGCUGCCACUUCUUCUAGCACCACCGACGCACAUACCGCCAGCACUUCAACCACUUCAUCAACAUCCAUUUCUGCCUCUUCACCGCCCACAACUCCUCCUCCUGUUCGGCGAUCACUUCGAGCUACAAAGGGAGUCCCUCCUCACCGCCAUGAAGAUUACUCGCGCAUGGGGUGGGAAAUUAUAUUGUCCCCACGCGCUACAGUCAAGCUCGAGGGAAUCCUGUAUGGGACAACGCAAUGAAUGAAGAAUUUGAUGCACUCCACGCCAACCAUACUUGGACCGUCAUAGACCUCCCAGUCCCUUGUCCUCCGACUAUAGGCUGUCGUUGGGUGUACAACAUCAAGCUGCUUCCAGAUGGUGAGCUUGAACGCCAUAAAGCCCACCUAGUCACACUUGGCUACACACAGGAGCAUGGGGUGGAUUACAACGAAACCUUUGCUCCCAUGGCCAAGAUGUCCACCGUUCGUACUCUCCUCUCCGUGGCUGCUCUACAGAAUUGGAAGCUUCUGCAAAUGGACGUAAAAAAUGUCUUUCUUCAUGGCGAUUUGGAGGAAGUAAUUUACAUGGAAAGACCUCCGGGAUACACAGUAGGUCGUCUUGAUCAAGUAUGCCUCCUCCAUCGUUCUCUCUACGAGCUGAAGCAAGCUCCUAGAGCCUGGUUUGAAAAAUUUCAGUCUACUAUCUGCAGUCUUGGUCUACAACAGAGUUUGAACGAUCCCUCUCUCUUCACAAAGGUAACUUCAGCUGGAAUUGUGGUCCUUUUGCUUUAUGUCGAUGACAUGAUAAUUACAGGGUCGGACAAUCAAGGAAUUCGCCACCUUCAAGAUGGUCUCAAGUCUGCUUUUCGCAUCAAAGAUUUGGGAGAGCUAUCGUACUUUCUGGGCUUAGAAGCCAGCCGCUCCUCCAAAGGAAUUAUGUUUAGUCAACGCAAGUACAUAACUGAUCUACUGGGGGAUAAUCAAUUCGAAGACUGCCAUCCAGUCAAGACUCCAAUGGAACUCAAUCUCAAGUUGCAUCGUGAUUCUGGGGAGAGACUGCAGGACGGGUCGCAAUAUCGGAGUAUAGUUGGCAGCUUAAUUUAUUUAUCUGCUACCCGUCCUGAUAUAUCCUAUGCUGUGCAGGUCGUUAGUCAAUUUAUGACGGAUCCGCGGGUUGAUCACUUGGCUGCGGUUCAUCGUAUUUUGAGAUACUUGAAGGGUACUCAGGAUUGUGGGCUUCUGUUUCCCUCGACUGGUUCAGCCACUCUUUGUGGGUUCUCUGAUUCUGAUUUUGCAGGAUGCGUCGAUACUCGGCGUUCCACAUCUGGAUGGUGUAUUCAGUUCGGAGGAUCUUUCAUCUCCUGGCGUUGCAAGAAGCAGGACAAGGUCUCCAAGUCCUCGACCGAAGCCGAGUAUCGUGCCAUGUCAGAGGUCAGUUCGGAAUUAGUGUGGAUUCAUCGUCUUCUUGCAGACUUAGGCGUGUCCUGUCCGACGCCAAUGGAGCUUCAUGUCGACAACACCAGCGCCAUCCGCAUCGCUACUAAUCCUGUUCUGCAUGACAUAAUGAAACAUAUAGAAAUUCAUGUGCACUAUAUACGUGAUCUGGUUCGAGAUGGGACUAUCCAGCUACAACAUAUACAGACUGAAGAACAAGUUGUUGAUCUGUUCACUAAACCCUUUCCUACUAGUCGGCAUUGGUAUCUCGGAGACAAAUUGAUGCUGAGAACUCGGCAUCAAUUUGGGGGAGGCUGUUAGCGGAUAUAGCCCAUCUUGUAAUUAGCUUAGCCCUUUCGUAUUAUCGGCCCAUGUAAGCCCAUGCACUAGGGAAGUACGUAACUUGUAGAUCUUACCCUAGAGAGAGCUCGGCUGUAGUAUAUAGCUGUAGAGAGAGCUAACUGGAGGAUUCAUUCAGUUCUCGUUCAAAAUCAUAUCUCAGUAAAAUCAGUAGCUAGAAGAGCUUUCGCUCUUCCGUGGAUUAGUCCUGGUUAUCCAGGGAUACCACGUAAAUCCGGUGUUCAGUUUCCGUUUUCUGUUCUUUGAAUUUCCUGAUCUGUUUCUUAUCACUUUGGUUUUGUUGUUCAGCCGGUCAGGCCAUCUGUUGGGUUUAGGUACUUUUUUUUGUGUGGUUAGUUUAGGUACUUUUGAUUGUUGCUUUUGGGCCUUUCUAUGUUUCUUGUUUCAGUCCCUGAGAUUUCGGCCCAAAAUCUGUUCACCCUCUAGGUUCAUAUCAAUGAAUUUCCAAUGAUUAAAUAAAAACGUCCCUCUAAGUGUCGGAGAAAGGGACGUCGAAAAUCCCUUCAGUUACCGACUGGCAGUCAUCGUAGAAUAGUGACCCACAAUGUCGGUGUUAUUCGCCAAGAUCGCCGCACUAAUAAGUGAUCCACUGGACUUACCAGCGAAACCCACUCCACUCAAUUCUUUUCUAACUACAUUUCCAUUCCAUGAGAGCCCACGGCCGGUAAUUAUGAGAUUAGAAUGAAGUUAGUACAAUAUCCGCCCAACGAAAAUUACAAGUGGUGAGAUUCACUUGUCAACUCAAAUGAAACGAAACCUGUCCUUUGCUUUGCUGCAGGACCAUUUUCAUGAACACAGUUGCAGCUCCAAAGGGACCAUGUAUGAUGUAACAGGGGCAUUAAUGAAACGUUAGAGGAAAAAUUCUACCCAAGAACUCUCGUUGCUCUAAUUUAAUGAAGUCAUUCUACAAAAUCAAAAGAAACUAACUAUAAACUGGAUAACAACAAUUUUUCACGCAUGACUUUAUGGACAACCCAACUGACAGUUCUCGAAAUUUCCCUAAAAACUAUACAAAGAGAUGAGAAUUCAAUAAGCUCACGAAACUCCCUAAGCAGGAACCCUCCCGGGAUUUCGAGUUUUUCAUUCUGAAGUGUUUUUUCAUUACUUUUUUUAUUGUAGUUAAGUGCUCUUUCCACGCAUGCAAUGACUUUUGACAGUAACCAAUCGUCCCCUAAGUUUCGAGUUUUUAUGAAUGAGUCAUGCUCCAACAUGCCCAUAACUAAGCAUACCAACAAUGUCACACGCCUAACCUAUGGCAACGACUAAUAAUGGUUAGAGAGUGUU